AGUCCUUAACAACCACACUCUUUUAUUUUUUUCGGAAAUACAUUUGUAGUUGUACUACUGUCUUGUAAACCUUUUGGAUUCAAAGAAAAACAUAGAGAACAGAAGAGAAGGGAGCGUAGGAAUUUUUUGAUUCUUCAAUUCUCAGAAGCUGUCGCCGAUUCAGCGUGGUGUGUUCCAAUUUGAAAUUGUUCGAAUUGAAGAAGAAAAUAUGAUGGUCAAAGCUUUACAGUUUCAGCUAUAUCGCUGGAGUUGGAAACCUCUCACCUCCAUUUCAAUCUCCUCAUCACUCUCUCUAUUCCCACAAUUCCCUAACAACAACCACAACCCUUUUCUCAACGCCGCCGUCACUCCUCGAUUCGCACCGUUUCGUGCUUCUUCUUCUUCUUCCUCUUCCGCCGCUGUUCCUGCAAAUGUUCGAAGCAUCAAGUUCUGUCAGUGGUGUGGUGGUUCGACCAAGCAUGAUAUACCUGACGGGGAAGAGAAAUUCAGAGCUAUUUGUACUGUUUGUGGCAGGAUUGCCUAUCAGAAUCCCAAAAUGGUAGUUGGUUGCCUUAUCGAACAUGAUAACAAGGUCCUCCUUUGCAAGAGGAAUAUUCAACCAUCUCAUGGCCUUUGGACGCUUCCUGCUGGUUAUUUGGAAAUUGGAGAGUCAGCUGUGGAGGGUGCCAUCAGGGAAACAAGGGAGGAAGCAAAUGCAGAUGUAGAAGUAAUUUCUCCCUUUGCCCAAUUGGAUAUUCCUUUAAUUGGCCAAACUUACAUGAUAUUCUUAGCAAAGCUGAAGAAGCCCGAUUUUUCACCUGGUCCAGAAUCAUCAGAAUGCCAACUUUUUCCACUUGAUGAUCUACCUUUUAAUUCUCUAUCCUUUUCAUCAAUGGUGGUUACCUUAAGUUUGUAUGUUGAGGAUAUUAAGGCUGGAAAACCCAAAUUCCACUAUGGAACUAUUAUGAAAAGGCCGGGUACAAGUCCUUCUGAUAUUAAUGCCUACACACUGGAUUAUCAUAUGCACACAUGACCCAUGGGUAAGCAGUAGAGUCUGGAUAUCUGAACAUUGGAACUAGAAGAAAUCUUAGUUACGUGGGUCUGUAGAUUCCUGUAUCGUCUGCUUCUUGAGUGUUUCUGACUUACAAGAAAGAAAGAUAUCUGCGUUUCGUUCAAGAAACACACAUUAGACUAUUGGUGCUUGAUCCAAUUCAUGAUCUCCAGAUCUUAGAUGGAUCUUCCAUAUCAGAUUGAUAGGCAGAUGCUACUGUAGAAGAAUGACUGACACUUGUUUAGUGACCUUUGUUGAAAUUGUAAACAUGAACAUUAAAGGAAAUUCUUAUUGGAUUUUUUUCUUA